AACGCCUCGUCUGAUUGGUUAGCUGCUCCAACCUGGCUCGCGCUUAUUGGUCAAUCCGGCUGACGCGAAGGAAGUUGAUUGGUCUGCGCCAAAAUUCAAACUGCCUGGGCGAAGAAGACGGAAGUGGCGACUUUCACCUUCUCGGUGUAAAUGAAGUUACGAUUUCACAUCGGCGAGAUCAGAAACUAAAGGAUAAACCGAGAUCUGAUAUAAUAUGGAGGUACCCGGUCUGCUAUGAACAGGACGAUGGCGAGUCCCAGGAGGCCGAUAAUCCUCAAGAGGAGGAAACGGCCGUUUCAAAGAAACGAAGCCGACGAGACGCAGGACAAACCUACGACGUCCGGAGCACGAUCCGUCUAUGCAUCUGCACAAGACGGCAUCCGCAUCAUGGACCAUCCCACCAUGCCAGACACACAAGUGGUCGUCAUACCAAAAACCGCCGAUCUUCAGAGCGUCAUCGAUGUGCUGACUGCCAAGGGGAAGGAAAGUGGUACUCAGGGGCCAAACAAGUUCAUUUUGCUGAGUGGAAGCAGUGGAUCUGUGGAUGGAGUUAAAGCUCUGGUCCAGGCCACAUCAGAGACUAAAAACCUCCUCAGACCUGAAGCAGUGUCGAUGAAAAAUGAUGACAGCGUGUUAGAUGACAGCCUGACAAACAUCCAGUGGUUGGGGAAAAUGAACACGCAAGUCUCGGGUCCCGAAGCAGGAAAGAAAGACUCUGACAAAGAGAAUUUCGAUGGCUGCGUACAGCUCCAGGAGCCACAACACAGAGAGGAAGAACCGAGUGCCGUUAAGGGCCCUCUGUCAGAAAGACCACCGUACUCCUACAUGGCUAUGAUCCAGUUUGCAAUCAACAGCAAGAAAAAUAAGAUGAUGACACUGAAGGAGAUCUAUAACUGGAUAGAAGACCAUUUCCCUUAUUUCAGAAAUGUAGCUAAACCUGGCUGGAAGAACUCCAUUCGCCAUAACCUUUCCUUGCACGACAUGUUCAUCAGAGAGAGCACACCAGACGGCAAGAUCUCCUACUGGACCAUUAAACAUGAAGCAAACCGCUGUCUGACAUUAGACCAGGUGUACAAGCCUGCCGUUGAUCCAUCGGCCUCCUCUUUCCCACAAGCCAUGCAAGUCUGUUACCAACAACAACAGAAGCGAGUUGUGGCUGAUCCAAAGAAAGCUACAGUCUGCACUACAGAGAGGAAAAUGAAGCCUCUUCUGCCUCGUACGGACUCGUACUUUGUGCCCAUUCAACUGCCUCUGACUCCAUCUCUCUUCCUGCCCUCAUCGGCAGCGGCGCUGUCUCUGUCCACCCCUCAGCAGACCUCCACUGCUUCUAAUCCCGUCUCCAGAUCAGGGUGCAAGAGGCUUUGCAUUGCUCCUAAGGUCCCCAAGAGUGAAUCCAGUGUGGUGGUGAUGUCUGCCCUGGUUGCUGAAGUAAAGGAAGAACGUGUGUGUGCACCAGUCAGUGAACCCUGCAGCAGCAAACAGAAAGAGAUGAGCAGCUCGCGUCGGAAGCAGCGUCUAGUCCCACCUUCCACCGAGGAGCCUGUUCUGCUCUUUCCAGACAGCACCUUCUUCGAUUCCGGCUUGGUCUCGGAUGUCUCCGCCUUCCAGGAAAUGGAGUGCGAUCUGGAGCCCGGGCAUGACUUGCAGUUGCAAAGCGAAACCUUUAAAACCCCGGACAAAGGGAGCCACCCGGCUUCCUCCACACCCAGCAAGUCACUGGAGCCGUGGGAGAUCACACCGCUGGAUAAAAGGAACCGCGGCGUUCUGGAUUUCAGCCCAAUCAGAACACCACCACAGAGGCACGAGCACAGCGGGUUGAGCUUCUGCAGCACGCCUUUCAGAGACCUGCCGCUGUUCGGUUCCCCCCGUGAGCUGCUCGCUUCCUGUUCCCACGAGCAGCAGAAGGAAUCUAGCAGCCACUCGCUCACCGAGGGCUUUGUUCUGGACACCAUGAACGACAGCCUGAGUAAAAUCUUGGUGGACAUCAGCUUCUCUGGGCUGGAGGAUGACGACCUGGGCAUGGCCAACCUCAGCUGGUCACAGUUUAUUCCUGAGAUGAAAUUAGAUGCAUCACUUUAAAAAAACUCUAUUCAUGCUGCUCACAUGCUUUUUUAACUGCCUCUUUGCAAUGUUUGUGUAUAUAUAUUAUCCUUGCUUUAUAUAUCUAAUAGACUUUCUGACUUUCAGUCUAUCUCCAUGCACAGUUUUAAAAAAAAUUGUAAUUUAAUCUCUUGCUUGAUUCUCCAUUUUGAUGCACGGUGAGUCGGACAUGACCUCCAAGUUCCCAUGCAAAAAAAAAAAAACUGGACACAUUUCCUAUAUAAGCUGCUCAUGCUGAUUUUCACUGCCAUUGCUUUUUCCACAUAUCCAUGUAUCUCUUUUUUUUUCUCUUACAGAUUUUUCUGUAUGUGUGCUUUUGUGUGUAAAACUCCGUCAUUUUACUGUACAUAUGUGAAAUUUGAGUGUAUUCAUCACUCCAAGGUGUUUAGCGAAGGAAUGUAUUGAGAAACCGAUUGGUCUGAUUUGCACAACUUGUAAUAUAAUAUGUAUGUAGAUGUAUUUUUAGGUAUUUUAAAACUGAGUGUAAAUGAGUAAAUAGAUUUAAGCAAAUCCCCAAGUAGACACUACUGCAUGCAAAGAUUUCAACAUUGAUGGGGAAAACAAAUGACUUGAUGAAUUGAAGCUGAUGAUUUUCUUCUAAUUAUUAUUUUUAAACAAUACAAUAAACCAAUAAACAACACAAUAAACCAGAUCUGUAAACAAAUUCUCCAAUACAGUUGAAUAGAACUGAGAUUUCUCUCUUGUAUUUUUUUACCUCAUGAAUUUAACGAUCUUGUCUUGGCACUCGGUUUAUCGUAUGCCAGCAGCUUACUACUGUACAGUAUUUAUGGUGCAGUGUUUGUAGGUCCUAAAGGCCUAGGCCAAGUAAAAAUAUUAAUUUCCACUGAGACACAAACUGAUAUCAAACACAUCAAGCUAUCAUGUGUAGCUUAAAGGGAAAAAAAAGGCAAGUCUGCAGUUUUGCAUAAAAACUCAACUCGCUUUUUAAUUACAUCAGGAAUUACAUCGCUUUGGUCUUACAUCAAUUCUCUCUGUCAGUACAUUGGCUUAUUGUCCAUUUCUUUGGUUUUAUUUACUCCAGCAUUUCAUUUCAUAUCUUAUACACACACGAACAGCUGUAACAUGGUGUGCAGGAUUCUAGAAUAAAUAAUAAAGAUAUGUUUUAACACA